GAUUGUUAUCGUUCACAGUCAACAAUCACAAAAUUGCAACAGUAGCGUCAAUCACAGCGAGAAUUCACCUGCGCGCCUGACAUAACUGUAAAGCUGACUCCAAGGUAGUCAAUUGUCGCCCAGAGCGGAAACCAUUUUGUCUCUUUAAAAAGGGGUGGGGAUAGCUACAGUAAGUUGGAGUUAGGGUUACUAAGAAAAACAAAAGGGUAGGGUCAACAAAUUUUUAUUUGAAAUGUGGCAAAAACGAAUUAGUUCUCCAUUUGAUUUUAGUGCUGAAACACGUCCGAACACGUUUGUGCAGGUAAUCGACAAGCAGCUCGUUAAAUGUGUGAAUAUCAAACGUCAAAUAACGGCCAAAAAACAACGAGAUUGAUUACUUUCAACAAAUAUCGUGAGUGACGGCCUUGUUACCUUUAAAGAUCUGUUUUUUUUUGUUACCUUUGUUGGUGUUUCGAGGCCAUUGUUGUUGUAAAAGAUUGGAUUUCAUUUCACGAUUACGACUGUGCAUUGUUUGGCUGACAUUUGCCUGAACUUAUUUUGUUUUCCUUACAGACGAGAGAACAACAUCCAACUUGUUUGACCUUUAAAAAAGUACGUAUGCAUUGAUUUUGGUUCCAGGAAGUUACCUUUAUCGAAACUUGACACAAAAAUGUUUUCAACACAUUUGCAGACGAUAAUACGACGUCAUCGAAGCCAAUUUGACUGUUGUGUUUUCUACUUCUUGGUUAUGAACUCGCCUUCAAGCUCGUUAUAGUUGGAAAACUGUCAAGUCGCUGUCAAGUGCAGCCGGCCCCCUUCUUCUGAAGAGAGAAAAUGGACAAUCCAGCUCUUUACAGUCGCCGGAAUUCCAGCAACCAAAUGCUCUACAGUCGCCGGAAUUGGAUGGACAAGGAAAUUUGUCUCGGGAUUUUAAGUGCCGUCCUUGACACCAUGUCCUAUCCUAAUCGUGUCGUUAAUGAUAGCGACCCCCCUCAUUCCAACAGCAUCGACGUCAAAGACCUUCACCGACUCUUGAUGAAAGGCUGUUACCACCAACGUGACCGUGAGAGCCUCGACCAUUCGAAAAAUCCGGUCGGGACUUUCAAAACUUCGCGGGAAAUUCAAAUCUUUGUCAAGUCUUGGUCGACGACGGGCAGAAUCAUCGCGAUCAAUAUCCAGCCGACGGCGACCAUCCGGCAAUUAAAGGAGCGGAUUUUUUACAAAGAAGAUAUUCCGCCGGAGCAGCAGCGCCUGAUUUACUCCGGAAAGCCAUUGCCGGAUGACGGAAUAAGCGGUGAAACUUUGCAAGACUACGGCAUCGGCCAGGAAAGCACUUUGCAACUUUUACUCCGGCUGAGAGGCGGUGGACCAUCAUCCUCAUCCGGCGUCGUCGACUGCCGGAGUAUCCAUUUGGCUCCUGAUUUGUUUGACGAGCGCUACCACCACGAUUUCAGCUGCAUCUGCGAUCAAGGAUUCAAUUUCUACCGGGGCGGAGUCAUCUACAUUCGCCCGUGCGGAUGGAUCCGGCUGGCCUUGAAUGUGGAAGUGAAUCAGGGCAAACGGCCCGAUCCUUUCUCAUCGGUCGAUGGGGAGUGGCCGGUAAGUUACCACGGAACUUCCUACCACAACGGACUAUCCAUCGCCCGCCAAGGAUUCGAUCUGGCCAAGUGCAAACGAUCCAAACACGGGUACGGCAUCUACUCGACGCCGGACAUUGAGUGCGCUCUGAAAUUCGCCGAAUGCGGAACUUACAACGGGCGCACCUACAAGUUGGUCAUCCAGAAUCGCAUCAACCCCGAGAGUUUGAUGAAAAUCAGCCGCUCUGAGACUCGCGGAGGUGAAUAUUGGAUCUCGUCCAGCGAAAAGGACGUCCGGCCCUAUGCCAUUUGCAUUCGUGAAUGCGUCAAUAACGACGGCCUUUGGUGUUAUUGA